UGCAAGACGUGCUUCCUCGGCCGGCGCCUCCGGGGGGCCGGGGGGCUGCGCCCCAGGAGCGGCGGGGCCAGCGCGGAGAGGCCGGGCCCCGGGGCCGAGCGGGCCGGGAGCCCCGGCGGCGGCGGCGGCGCGCCCACCGUGCGGGAGCCGGCGCGCCUCCCGCGGGGCCCCGCGGCGGCCGAGAAGCGCUUCGCGUGCGGCGAGUGCGGCCGCGGCUUCCGGCGCCGGUGCCAGCUGCGGGAGCACCUGCGCGUGCACAGCGGCGAGCGGCCGUUCCGCUGCGCGCAGUGCGCCAAGAGCUUCCACCUGAAGGGCGUCCUGGCCGAGCACGCGCGCACGCACGGCCCGCGGCCCUUCCCCUGCGCGCAGUGCGGCCGCGCCUUCACGCGCCGCUCCAAGCUGGCCGAGCACCUGCGCGUGCACAGCGGCGAGCGGCCCUUCGCCUGCCCCGACUGCGAGCGCCGCUUCCGCCUCCCGGCGCAGCUGCGCAGCCACCGGCGCCUGCACACGGGCGAGCGGCCCUUCCCGUGCCCCGACUGCGGCCGCCGCUACCGCGCCCGCGCCACGCUGCGCGCGCACCAGCGCCUGCACCUGGGCCCGCCGCCCUUCGCGUGCGCGUGCGGCAAGGCGUUCGCCAAGCGCUCCCGGCUGGCCGAGCACCAGCGCACGCACACGGGCGAGAAGCCCUUCGCCUGCCCCGACUGCGACCGGCGCUUCCGCCUCAACGCGCAGCUGCGCAGCCACCAGCGGCUGCACGCGGGCGCGCCGCCCCACCGCUGCCCCGAGUGCGGCAAGGCCUUCCGCGAGCGCGGCUACCUGGUGCGGCACCAGCGCAUCCACCGGCCCGAGCGGCCCUUCGCCUGCGCCGACUGCGGCAAGGGCUUCAUCUACCGCUCCAAGCUGGCCGAGCACGCCCGGGUGCACGCCAAGCUGCGCCGCGCGCCCCGCGACGCGGGAGCCGCGCCCGGGCGCCGCCGGCCCUUCGUCAUGAUCGAGGCCGACUGGAGCUGA